GUUAACAAUACUCCAAUGGCGUUUGUUUCAACACUUUAUCAAUGGAAUUUGAUCAAAUACUCAACUAAUUAAGGUUGUAUAUAGUACAUGAGACAAGAAAACGCAACAUCAAAUCGAUUGCCUUUGGCAUUUUCAAACAGCGACUGUUCUUACUGCCGUUCACAUUUAACUGGAACUGUUUGUCCACUAUCUUUCUCCGUAGCUGCUGGGUUAGCAGUACUGAGCAUGUGCACUCACACCCUACGCGUGGACUAAUUUGUCCCCAAUAUUUUUACAGUGAUUCGGACAUAAAUUAUAAACUUGAUUACAAAUCGUCAUUGUUGUAAUGGGAGGCCAAACCAAGGGCAAAAAGAAGAGCAAAGCCAGGAGGAAAGAUCCGCGCUCUAACGGAGGCUCUGGAUUGGCAGGUCUGUCACCUCAAGAUAGAAUGAAGUUGAAGAUGCAGGAGAAAGCCAAGAAAAAAACUGCUGAAAAAUAUACUGUAGAACAACUAUUGGAGAAGACGGAGGAGUGUAUGGACAGUUUGGAGUUUGAGAUGGCAGGGAGGUUCUGUCAGCGAGCACUAGAGGUGGAGCCUGACAACCUCCUUACCCUGGACCUGCUAGGACACAUCCACUCUGAACUGGGAGACACACAGAGGGCCAAGGAAGUGUUUCUGCAUGCAGUGCAGUUGAGUCCUGAAGAAGGUCAUAGUAAAUACAUGUCUCUAGGGCAGAUACACACAGGCCAGGAGGCUGUGCAGUACUACACCAAAGGAGUACAGAUACUACUGUGUAUGCUGGAGAAACACGCACAAGCCACAGCAGGAGCAGGAGCAGGAGCUGAGGCAGCAGCCUCUCCACUCCAGGACUCGGGGUCAGAGAUUCCGAUAGCCAGACACGUGUGUGUGGCCUACUGUUCUGUGGCAGAGAUCUACUUCACUGACCUCUGUAUGGAGGAGAGGGCAGGAGAUCAGUGUCGAGAGGCCAUAGAACGAGCGCUGACCUAUCAGCCUGACAACCCAGAGGCUCUACAGCUGAUGGCCAGCUACCUGUUCAGUACAGAGAAGAACCAGGAGGGGAAGGAGUACCUGAUGAGGAGUGUGGAUGCGUGGCUACCUGCCCUGAAACAGAGUGAAGCUCCACCCAGCAGAGAGGACAUAGAGGAGGAACACACACAGAGUGACAUCCCACCAUAUGAAUCCCGCAUCACCACGGCCAAACUCCUCAUAGAGGCAGAAGAGUACGAGACAGCAGUAGAUGUGUUGGAGGGUCUACUAGAGGAAGAUGACGAGGUGGUGCAGGUGUGGUAUCUCUCAGGCUGGGUGUGUUACCUACAGAUGGAGGAGAGAAGAAGGGAGGAGAGAGAAGAGAGCGAUGAGGAGAGGGAGGAGCGUGAAGCGUUGAAGGAGGCAGCCAGAUCUUACCUGACCAAAGCCAAGAAGCUGUAUGUGAAGUUGCACUGUGACGACGGACCCAUACUGGAGCACAUGGAGCAGCUGCUGGUGGAACUGGGGGGUGAGACAGAGGAGGAGGAGGAGGAGACAGACCCUGCCCUGGAUGAAGACUUUGAGCCCAGCAGUGACGAUGAGGAGGAGGAAGAGGACGCCAUGGAACAUUGACCACACCCCUCUCUCUCUACCAGUGAUCUAGUGGUAAAACUGUGGGUUAGUACACGCUGAGACGUUCGCUGUGAAUAAAGUAACACUCUCUAUGUUUCCAAUGUCUUUUUCUGCGAUAGGUGGGGAAAUAAAAAAGUAUGUAAACAGCGUUUAGACUGCAUACCACUCUCUACUUUUAUAGUGCACUAUUAACUCGGACAUUAAAUAAAGGUAAAGUUUAUAAAAAUGUAGUUUUAUAAAGACCUCUUACCCAUCUCUGUACACCUCACAAACUAGACCCAGAUGCAACACUUUGUUGGAAAGCUGCAGAGUUGCGAGUGCGACAGUCGAUGGGCCCUUGAGAGAGGAUGACUGGGCCCUUGAGUUUUCUCUGAAUCUUUCUCGCUCGCUAGAUAUUGUCUGUAUCGUGUUCUCAGAAGUGCCUUUCUGCUGUUCAACCCUGAGUUUCCCAGAAUCAUAUGACUUCUCUCUCUGUCAUAUUAGUGCUGAAUUGUUUUCAAUAUUAGAAAGGAGUGAUUGACAUGUCGACUCGAGAUUUGUUUCCAUUGCCCUGGAAAUAACCAGAUAAAAAAACAACUUAUACUGUUUUGAGAGAAAAAGACAAAGAACAAUCUGCUUCUUUUUUUUUUAUUUGUGUUGUAAUAAUGAGGUGAAUUUUUGCUUCCCUUCAUGACCCAGGCUCACUUUAGAAAGAGAUUCCAAUAUGAAUGUGACCUGCUAAAAUAAAGAAUUAACACAGAACAGA